AUGAUAGCAAAAACCUUAUUUGUGAUUUCAUUUUUGUCAUUUGGUGUUCUUUCACAUUAAAAAUGCAAUAUGUAUCCUCAUUCUGCUUAAAAAUGCAUUUAGAAUACUGAAAAAAUUAGAUGUAAUUGAACACAAUUAAUAGUAGGCGAAUAUGAUAAUUUUGGUCAUGUAUGUAGUAAUAACAUGGAGACCAAUUUAGGUUGUUCUCCAAAUCUUAAUAAGGAGGCAUGCUUGAAUUAAUUGACAGAUGGCUAUAACAAUAGAAUUUAAUGUAAUUUAGAUAUUUUAUAAUAUAAAGGUAUUUUUCAAUCGAAGUGCAAGACAGUAGAGAAAAUUUAGUUGUAAAAAUAUGGAUGCUAUGAAAUGUUCAACAAAAAUUCCUGUUUAAAUGUGCAAAAACAUUCGUGUAUAUGGUAGGAUAAUAGAUGUUAACCUUUAAAGUAAACUAUAUAAGAUAAUUCAAAAAUAUGUAACAUAUUCACAGCUCCAGUUACUCCUUUUACAUGUGCUUAAUUACCAUCUGGUCUUUGUAAUAAUUUAUUAUUUAUAUUAGGUAUGAGUAGUGGAUAUGAGGGAGAUUUUUAAUGUGUGGAACUAACAUUAGACUAGUUAUCAAAACUUUCUUGUUAUGAAUUAGGAUUAAAUGAGGAGGCUUGUUUGGCAAUCAAUAAGGAAAAUCAAUAUUGUAUAAUAUAAAAUAUUUAUAUUUAGGUAUUUUUAAAGAUAAUGAAUGUAUGGAAAUAAAAUUACCAGAUAUAAAAUCAUGCGAUAAUAAAUUUAGUUAAUCUUUAUGUUUGUCUAUUUAAAAUCCAGAUAUAUAAUGUGAAUGGGUUGAUAAUAAAUGCAUAAAAUUUGAGAAAAACUCUGAAUUUUAGUGUGUUACUUACAAUUUGGUUAAUGUUUCUGUAUGUUAAAUAUAAAAUGGAUUUUGUUAAUAUAAUGUGAGAAAUCAUAAAUGUAUGAAUAUUGAAAAAAAAUUAAUACAUUUGAUAUCAUGUGAUACACCAGGAUUGUCAAGAUUAGCAUGUUUAUCAGUUCAGAAUUAUAAUUGUACAUUUAUAAAUGGUAGGUGUUAAGAAUUAUCUGAAUUCGAGCUUAAUUUCUUUUAAUGUCAUAUGGAAUUAAAUAAAUAAGCUUGUGUAAAUAUAUUAACUCCUUUUUAAUAUUGUUUUUGGAAUGGAAAUAAUUGUGAAAGAAGAAUUAUAAAUUAAGAUUAUGAUUGUCCUUUAAAAUUUGAUAAUAAUAAUUUUAUUGUAAAUGGUAAUGUUUGUUAGGCAAUUUCUAAAAAUAAUAUUAAAUGUAAAUAUAAUAAAUAAACACAUUUAUGUAUUGAGAGUUCAAUAAAUGAUAUUUGUGAAUCUUCAUUUAUAAAUAGAUUUGGUUGUCUAAGUAUUAUUAAAAGUGAUUAAACAUGUUAAUGGACAUCUUUAGGUUGUAAAAAUAUUGAAGUUAUUCAAUAUAUUACUACAUGUGCUAGUUUGGGAAGUGCUAAUCCAAUUGCAUGUUCUUAAGUACAUGAAAAAGAAGAGAAUAUAGGUUGUUAUUUUGAUUAUAUAAAAUAAAAAUGUGUUACAUUAACUAUUAGAUUAAAUCCUAAUGCAAAUAAAAAUGAAUAUUAAUAGUAUCAAUAAGAUUUAGAAACUUUGAGAAAUAUCUAAUGUAAUCAAAUAUAAUAAGGUAUAAAUCGAAUUACUUGUUCUUCUAUCACAACUAAAGAUACAGCUUGUAUGUGGAAAAAUAAUUAAUGUAUUUAGAUAGAGAAUAUGAAGGAUAUAUAAAAUAUACCAUGUUUACAUUUAUAAUAUGCUAAUUAUGGAGCAUGUUCUUAUGUAUAAUAUGGAGGAGAGGUUUGUAGAUAUAAUAGUGAUAUUAAGGGAUGUGUAAAUUCUAUUAGUCCUCAUAUGUAAUGUAAUGAACCUGGAUUAAAUAGUUCUGGAUGUCUAAAAGCUGAAGGUAAGUGUUAAUUUAUAAAUAAUUAAUGUUAAAAUCCAGAUAAAUAAACAGAAGAAAAUAAUAAUGAAAUUAUUGAAAUUCCAAAACCAGAACCUUCAUAAACAUGUGGAAGUACAUCUCCUACUAAAGCAGUUUGUGUUUCUUUUACAGCUACUUAAUUAAUAUGUUAAUGGAGCAAAUCAAAAGGUUUUUGUGAAGCUGUUGAAAUUAAAGAAAAUUAAUAUUGUCUUGAUUUUGCAAAACCUGAUAUAUAGGUUAAUUCUAAUGUAUGUGCAUCUAUUUUAUCUGAUUUUCCUGAUUAUGAUUAUCAAAAAGGAAAUUAAGUUGAUAAAAAUAGAGGUUAUUGUUAUUAUAAUAAAUAAACAUCUAUUUGUUAAAUUAAAAAAGAAUUAUGUAACACUAAUUGUUGUACAGAAAAUGAAAAUAUAGGAAUAAAUGCUCAUUCAUGUAGUAAAUUUUCAAGUACUGAAAUAGGAGUUUAUUGUUAUUUUAUGAAUUUAAGAUGUUAGGAAUUAACUUUUGAAACUGUAGAUAUAACAAAUCCAAAUGAAGUUAAAUAAUAUUAUAAUGAAAUAAAAUUACCAUGUUCUUCUAUGAAUAAGAAUUCUUGUCAUAUGAUUAAUUGGUCACCAGAAUAAUAAUGUUAUUAUAAUGGAAUUAUCUGUAAUCAAUUUAAUUAAAAAUAUCAUAAUAAUUAUCGUAUUUUCACUGAAGAACCUUAUAUCUUAAAUGAGAAUGCUUGUAUUGCUAUAGAUGGUUAAAUAACUGAAUUUAAUACAUUAAAAUAUAUAGGAUAUGAUGAUAUUAAUAAUAGAUGUUAAGAACUUUUAUUAGAUCCUGAAUAUUCAUAUAAUUAUUGUGAAUAAGUAAAAGGUAAUAGAAAUAUUUGUCAAAGAUAUACUGGUUAUAGCUAUUGUAAAUGGGAUGAAAAAUAACUAAAAUGUAUUACAAUACCUUAUGAUGAAUAUGAUGAAAUUUAAUCAUGUGAUUCAGAAUUGAAUGUUAGAGCAUGUACUGAUCUUAAGAAUAUUAGUUGUUUAUUUUCAUAUCAUUUAGAUAAAUGUAUUAAAUUUAAUGAUGUUAAUGUGGAUUGUAAUCAUUUUUAAACUAUUGGUAAAGUUAGUGAGUAAGUAUGUGUAUAAAUUAAUAAACCUGGAUAAUAGUGUCAAUUUCAUAAUUAUUAAUGUAUUGAUUCAACUUUAACUUACUAUCGCUGUAAAGGUUCAUCAGCCAAUAAUAGAUCUUGUUAUGCAAAUACUAAAUUUUUGUGUAGAUGGGAUUCUAAUUCAUUAUAAUGUUAUGAAAAUUAUACAAAAAUAGAAGAAUUAUCAUGUUUAGAUAAUAUAAAUAUUGAAUUAUGUAAAAAGAUAACAAAAGAAGCUUGUGUUUGGAAUGAUAUAUUAAAAUAAUGUGAAAUUUUUAAUACUAUUAAUUCAAUUGAUUUUGAGACUUUUAACAAUACUGGAAAUCAUAAAUUUAAUGAAAUAGCAUGUCUAUUAAUAACAGGAGAUGCAUAUUAUUAUGAUUAAUAUUAAUAAAAAUGUCUUAAACUAACAUCUAAAACAAUAGAUUGUAAUACUUAUCAAAUGAAUAAAUAUGCUUGUUUAUAUCAUACAUAAACCCAUAAUUGUUAUUAUGAUGAAUAAGAGAUAUUACCUAAUAAUAAAUGUAAACCAUUUAUUUAAGAUUAAUCAAUAUGUUAGACUUAAUGGCAGAUAAAUAUAGAAGUAUGUAUGAAUAUAUAUAAUCCUUGUAUUUUUGAUGUGGCUACAUUAUAAUGUUAAUCAUUUGAAUUCUUAGAUACUAUGACUUGUACUGAUUUAUCAAAUUAUUCCAUUAAUUUAUAACAUCCUAAUAAAAGAGUUUGCUCAUCUGUUGUUUAAUCUUUAGAAGAAACUUUAGGAGAAUUGUUAUGUGUUGAAGAUAAAGUAAAUACAUAGGAAUGCAAAUUCUAAAAAUAUUGUUUUUGGUCUAAUUAUUCAUGUGAAAUUUAUCAAAUAGUAUAUAAUCAUUUAGAUUCAAAAAGUGGACAAGAACAGUCUUAAAAGGAAUGUCCUGAAUUCUAAAAAGUUGAUACUUGUUUUGAAGAAAUUACAAAGAAUGAAUCAUAUGGUAAAAAUAUAUAAUAAUUAAUUGAAAAUAAUUGGGUAUUUAUUAAUGAGACUUGUAAUAUGCAAAUUAUCAAAUAUACUAGAAAUCAUACAUAUUAUUAGCUAUCUGAUAAUACUAAUGUAUGUAAAAUAUAGGAAUGCUCAAUUAUAGAAAGAAUAUAUUGUUAUGUAAUUACUAUUAUUGAGACUAUAAUUCCAAUAAAUGAAAUUACACCUGAUAAUUAUGAUGCUUCAAUUCAUGAUAUAAAAGUUAUUACUGAUAAUUAUGAUGAAUGUUAGUAUUUUUAUUGUGGUUAAUUUACUGAUUAUGAUUGUAAUAUUGAGAAAGCUAAAUGUUAAAGAAAAAAAACUUGUAAAAAGGAUAUAACAUAUCCUCAUGAUUAAUACAUAAAUAAUGAUUGUACAAUAGAAAAUAAAUAUAUUACUAAUCAUUGGUGCUUAUUAGAAGAAAAUUAUAUCAUAAAUUGUAUUAGCCAUUUUUCAAAAGCAUAAUGCUUAGAAUUGAGUCCAAAAUGUUUUUAUGAUGCUAAUUAAGGAGGUUGUAUGUAAUUAGAGGGAAAUGAACAUAAUAUUGGAGAUUGUAAUUAAAUCGCAAAUGAUUGUUAUGUUAGUUAAAGUCAUAAUGCAAUUUGUUAAAAUGGAGAAUCAACUAUUCAACCAGGUGAUAAAUGCAAAACAGUAUAAAAAGAAUAUAAGUAUUGUGUACCUCUUACAACAUAUUAAUCACCAUAUUUUUGUUCAGAUAUUUUAGAGACAGAUGCUUAACCUAUUUUAUGUGCUAGAGCUGAUGAUGAUUGUAGAUAUGAUGGGAAAGCAUGUAUAAAUUCAAUGCCAAAACUUAAAGGAAGUGGAUCAUAUCCUUGUGAUAAGAGUUUUAGUAAAUCAAUAUGUGAAAAAUGUGGAUGCAAUUAUACUUAUUUAGGAUACUGUUAAUAUUAUAGAUAAGAACCUUAAUUAAAUUAAGAUAAAUCUAAUAAAGACUUUCUAUGUUAUUAAGUAAAUCUAUUAGAUACAAUUUAUAAAUAAGAAGUAUGCACAAAAGUUGAUUAAGCAUGUGCAUUUCUAGAUAAUAAUUGUUUAGAUGCUACUCAUUAUUCAUGUAAUUAAUUAUUUGAAUUACCUGUUUCUUUAAAAGCAUGUAUGAAAUGUUAAGAACAUGCUACUAAAUAUGAUGAUAUUUAAUAGAAAUGUUUAAAUAUUGAUAAUAUUCCUAAUUAAAACACUUGUAGUAAUCUUAAUUAAUUAGCUUGUCUUAGAAAAACUGAAGGAGUCUAAUGUAAAUGGGAAAAUUUUAAAUGUAAUACAAUAUCAAUAUUCGAAAGUGAUAAAAUUGAAUGUUCUAUUUUAAAUUAAACUGCUUGUUAUAUUAAACAAAUUAAUAUUUGUUGGGUUGAUUAAACAACUUUUUAAUGUGUCAAUUAUGAUCCUUAUUAGGGUAAAUGUGAUUUAUUAAAAACUUAAUCUCUUUGUGUAAGAUCUUUAUAUGAAAAUUGUAAAUGGACUUUAAAUAAAUGUAUUCAGAAUGAUGAAAUAACUACUAAUACAUGUAAUAAUUUAAAUCAAUAUUAAUGUCUUAAUGCAAUAGAUAUAGCAUGUGGAUGGUCAGAUUUAUAUGAAAAUUGCUAUGAAUUAUAAUUUAGAUAUUAGCCUUAUUCAUGUAAGGAAUUUUUGAUUGAUUAUUAAUAUUAGUAUAUUAAUCGUAAUAAUUACUUCACAUGUACUUAAAUUAAAUAUAAGGGGGGUUGUAUUCAUGAUUAAUAUUAUAAAUGUAGAGAAGUUAUACCUACUGAUAUUCUCUCUUGUGAAGAAUCAAUAAUUUCUAAUAUUAAUGAAUAUGCAUGUAUAAGAUUAACUAAAGGAUAUUGUAAAUUUGUUGAUAAUAAAUGUUAAAAAACAUAAGAAUCUAAUUUAGGUUGUUAAUCUUAUUUGAACUAAUAAGCUUGUCUAUUAUAAGAUUUUGCUUGUAAAUUCGAUAAUUAUUGUUAAUCAUAUGUUAUAUAUCAUACUAGUGGUAUAAGAGUAUAUUUUCCUUACACUGAAAAAGUUUGUUAAUCUGCUGAUUUCUAUAUCUAUGGCUAAGUUGGUAUAGGUUUAAUAUAUAGUGUGGCAUAAUAAAAAUGUAUAGAUAUUACUAAUAAAAAUAUGAUGAUUAAUGAUUGUAAUUAUGUUGGAAUGAAUAAGUACACAUGUUUAUUAAAGACAAAUACAUAUUGUGAAUUUUAUGAUAAUUAAUGCAGAAAUAUUCAGAUGAAAGUAAUUUCAUAAUUAAAGACUUGUAAAUCUACUUUAAAUUAAUUUACAUGUACAAAAUUAAAUGUAUAAUGCAAAUUUUAUAAUAAUUAAUGUGUUCCAAUUACUGAUAAAGAUAAUUGCCAUACCUUAUAAUAUGAAAAAUCAAUUGUAAAUCUUAGAAUAUGUUUAAAUGAUCAUGAAACUCCUUGCAUGUUUAAUGAUAAAACUUAGAAUUGUGAAAUAAUAACAACACCUUAAAAAUGUAUAGGUCUAAAUUAUAAGGGAUGUAUAUUCUUUACAUAAGGAUCUUAUUGUGAAUUCAAGAAUUCGAAAUGUAUUACAUCUUUUGGAAGUCCCAAUUGUAAAGCUGAUAUUAAUUAAGAUAAAUGUUUAUCUAUAAUAACUAGAGGAUAAUUAUGUUAUUUUGAUAAAAAACUUGGAUGCCAAAAUAUUGAUACUACUAAAAUAGAUAUAAAUAAAUGUUAUAAAUCUGGAUUAUAAACAAAUCCUUAUACUUGUUCUAGAAGCAUAGAUAUUCCAUGCUUUUAUGAUAAGUAAAAUAAAUAAUGUACUCGUUAUACUGAAUAAACUGCAUAUAGUUAUUAAUAAAAUUAUAGUAUUUCCAAUAUUUCUUCAUUUAAUAAAUGGACAUGUUAAAUGUACAAUAUAUAAAAAGCUCUUAUAUGGAAGGAAUCAUGUUUAGUAGUUAAAAGUUCUGAAUUGGUAUAUAUAAAAUGUAGUGAUUUAGUAAAUAAAAUAGCAUGUUUAAGUAUUUAAACACCUUAUUAAUUUUGUCAAUAUAAAAAUAAUAAAUGUUAAAAUGCAAAUUUGGAUGAUUUUAAAAAUAUGAGUUGUGAUUAAAUAAUAGAUAUAAAUUCUGGUGUAUUUUGUGCACUUAAUCAAAAUAAAAUUCCAUGUGAAUUCAAUAAAUCAUUAUUUAGAUGUUAAAUAGUUGUAAGUGAAUCUAUAAGUUGUGUUGAAAAAGAUCCAGAAGAGAAAGGAUACAAUUAAACAUGUUGUGAAAAAGAUAAAAAUAAUUGUACUUUUGAUGAAAAUUGUUAUAGAUUGAAUUAUAGUGGAUUUUAAUUUUGUAAAGAUAUUAAAGUUGAUGGUUAAUAUUAAUGUAAUUAAGUUACAGGUGAAGGAUGUAUGAUUUAAUAAAAUAUUUGUAAGAAAAUUUAUUAUUAAGAUUACAGUAAUAUUACUUGUGAAUAAGCUAGUAAUAGAUUUGGAUGUGUUAAUAUUUAAACAUAAGAUUAAUAUUGUUAAUUUGAUGGUGAAUAAUGUAAAUAAUAAGAUUUAGUUUAAUAUAAAGAUAUUAGUUGUUUAAGUAUAGUGAAUAUUAAUAAUUAUAAAUUCUGUGAAUAAGUAUCAGACAUUGCUUGUACAUAUGAUUUAAAAAAAAAAGAAUGUAGAAAUGUAUAUCAAUAAGAAGAAUUCUCAUGUGAAAGAGGAUUGAAUAAAAUUGCUUGUUUAAAUUAAACAAUUAAAGGAUUAUAAUGUAAAUUUCUAGAAUAUUGUUAUGGUCCUAAUAAUGGAAUUAUGAAUUGUAGUUAUAAUGAUAAAGAAUAAUGUUGUAGAGAAGCUGAUUCAAUUGAUACAUGUUUAAAUUAAAAGAUUUAUGAAUGUGAAUGGACAAAUAAUUUAUGUUAAGCAUCAAAAAAUACAUUAAAUGAAUGUGAUUAAAUAACAAAUGGUAGUUUUUUAGUUUGUGCUUCAAUAAAAAAUACUCUUUGUGUAUUUAUUCCUACAUUAUACAAAUGUGAAAGUUAAAAACCUAGUACAUGUGGUUUAUCAUAAACAAGUUAAUAAUGUAAAAGAAUGAAAUCUAUAUCAUGUAUUUGGAAUUUAUAAGAAGAAAUUUGUAAUUAUUCAGAAUAAUCAGCUUAUUUAAGUUGUUAAUAAAUAAAUGAAAGAUCUGGAAAUUAAAGAUCUUGUAUGAGUGUUGAAGUACCAGGUUAAAUGUGUAUAUUUAAGGAUGAAUAAUGUCUUUUAUUUAUAUAAUAAGAAGAUACAAAUAAUUGUUUAGAUAAUAUUAAUAGAAAUGCAUGUAUUUAUUAAACAAUAAGUGAUUGUUAAUGGAUUAAUUAAGUAUAUAAAGUUAAUAAAUACUAAAAUUCAGAUGAAGAAGAGAUAGUAUAAGGUGAAUGUAUGACAAUUACUAAUAUAAAUAAAAUGUCUUGUUCAUCAAAUUUAAGUUAUACAGCUUGUUUAAAAAUAACUAAAAUUGAUUAAUAUUGUAUUUGGAAAGAUUUAAAAUGUUAAACAAUAGAUUAUUAAUAAUAAUAUACUCCUAAUUAACUUAUUUAUGUUAAUUUAAAUGCAUGUGGUUUAGUAAAUAAUGGAGAUAUAGUAAAGUAUGAUUAAAAAUAAAAAAAAUGUGUAAUUAUUGAAAAUGUUUAAGAAUUAACUUGUAAUCCUGUAAUAUUUGGAAUAAAUGAAGCUGCUUGUUUAAGUAUAACUACUUAACCUUGUAUUUGGAAUAGUAUUGAAAAGAUAUGCUAAUAUUAAGAUAUUUUAAUUGAAUCUUAAUAAUGUGAUAAACCUCAUUGGAAUGCUAAAUCUUGUUCAUAACUUAAUAUUAAUUAACCAUGUGGAUAUUAUAUAAAUGGUUGUUAAUUUGUUGAUAUAAAUACAAUUAAAUGUACACAUUCUGGAUUAAAUAAAUUUGCAUGUUUAAAUAUUAAAUAAUAUCCUUGUAUUUGGAAAUAAGAUAAUAAUAAUUAUUAUUAUUGUGAUGAUUAUAUUCCAUAUACUUCAUGUGAAUUAGUACCUAUUAAUGUCAAUUUAAAGGUUUGUUAAUUAGUUGAUUUAGAUGCUUGUUAUUAUGAUAUUAAUAAUAAUAAAUGUGAAAAUAAUAAUUUAUCUAAAAUGAAUUGUGAUACAUUAGGUUUAAAUAUAAUUGCUUGUAUAGAAAUUGAUGGAUGUGUAUUCUAAGAAUAUUGUCAAAAUGUUAAUAAAUAAAUUUAUACUUGUAAUGAAUAUUCAAUUGCUAAUUAUAAAGUUUGUAUGAAUGCAAUAGAUAGUUGUAAAUUCAAUGAAUUAACAUAUGGUUGUAUUCAAGCUAAUGAAGAAUUAUGUGAUACCAAAGGAUUAAGUUAAUAAGGUUGUAAUUCAAGUAAAUGUACAUUAUUUAAUAAUUAAUGUUUAUGCAAUAGUAUUAAAGAUAAAGAUUGCAAUUAUAUUACAAACAUUGAAUAAUGUAAUUCUCUAUCUCAUUGUAUAUAUCUUAAAUAAUUAAAUUAAUGUAAAUGGAAAUAAUGUGAAGAUCAAUCAUAUAAUAAUUGUGAUGGUCUUUAUAUUAAUUCAUAAUAUUGUUAUUCAAAUAAUUUAUAAUAAUGUAAAUCUGCUAAAUAAUGUGAUGAUAUUCAUAAUCCAUUUAAUUAAAAAUGUCCAUCAAUCAAUAAUGAACCAUGUAUUUAUAAUUCAAAAUUAAAUUAAUGUUAAUAACUUAUUUGUGAAAUACUCAAUUAAUAAGAAUGUUUAAAUUAUCCAUAUUAUUGUAAAUAUGAAUAGUCUUGUACAUUUAUAGGUUGUAAUAGUAUAUAAAAAAACAAUUGUGAUUCAAAUAUUUGUUAUUGGAAUUCAGAUAUGAAUAGCUGUUUAGAGUAGAUUGAAUGCUCUUAAAUACUUUAAUAAAAUAAAUGUAAAUAAUAAAAAUAUAAUAAUAAUAAUUGUUAAUGGGUUAAUUAUGAAUAAUAAUCUUUUUGUACUCUUACUCCUUGUAGAUAUUUGCCAAAUAUUAUUUAAUGUACUGGUGUUUAUAUGGAAAAAGGAAUUUGUGUCUUAUUAACUGAUUAAACUUGUGUAUCAUGUGAAGAAAUUUAAAGUUCUUGUAUUUGUCUUUAAAAUAAUGAUUAUUGUGAUUAUAAUUUUAAAGAAAUGAAAUGUUAUUCAAAGAUUUGUGAAAAUUAUUUAACCAAAGAAGACUGUCCAGAAGAAUAUUGUGAAUUUUAAGAGACUGUAAUUAUAUUUAUUUAAAUAGUGCUUACCAUAAUGUAAUUCUCUUUAAUAUUAAUAAUAAUGUGAUAAUAAAUAAUAUUGUAUUUGGAAAGAUUAACAAUGUAAAAAAAAGGACUAAUAUGUUCGUGCUAAUAAUGAGGAAGAAUCAUAUGGAGAAUUAAUAUAAUUAAUACUAUUAAGUAUUUUGAUUCUAUAAAUAUGA